CGAAGGAAACACUCAAAUGCUGUCAUUUACACACUGUUUCGGUGGUCUGGCCGGUGGUUCUCAUGGCAGAGCGAGCACUGGAAGAGGAUGUGGCACAGGAGAGGAGAGAGAUGGGAAGAAAGAGUGUGCGGACACAGAAAUGGACACAACCAUGCAUGAAACAGGGAACACAUCGAGAGCCAAAGAAGUGGGUAAGGUCUGAACCGACAACUCCAUCCAGAGCAUGUAAGACCCAAAACUCUCCUGAGAAUGCAGCGAGAGAGAGGAGUCGUGUUCGGAACCUUCGACAAGCCUUCCACAGCCUGCAGGCUGCUUUGCCCUCCGUCCCUCCCGACACAAAACUCUCCAAGCUGGACGUCCUGGUGCUGGCCACCAACUAUAUCGCCCACCUGACCGAAACCCUGGACCAGGGUGGGAUGUUGGGGGACCAUACCAUCCUGCAAAGAGCAGAGUACCUGCAUCCUGUGAAGAAAUGGCCCAUGCGUUCUCUUCUGUACUGUGGGAACAUAGGAGAGCGACUGACAGGAGCACAGAUCAGUCAGGAGGCAUCUUGCCUGCCGAAGGUGAAAGCAGACUAAUGGACUGAGAAGACAUUUCAGAUACUCAGUAAUUGUUGGAAAACACUGAUGCAUGUUAGAAAUUGAC